AUGGAUUAGAGAGUCGACUUAAUUAAAGAGCUGGUUGAUAACGUCAAAGAGAAAUAAUCUAUUGACAAGCAAUUCAAUAGUUUCAAGAUUGAUGGCACUAGAAAAAAUAGUAAAAGGUCAAGCAUUUUGGCCAACGACUAAGCCUAUAUUGAUCCAAUGAAAGUAACUAAGCAAAUCGCAAAAAAUAAGGAGAUCUACCACGGCAAAUUACAACAGGAAUAAGAAAAGAGAGAUUAAAAUGAGAAGAUAAAGGAGGAGAUCAAAAGCAUGAUUAAGUUGAAAGAAGAUGAUGAAAGUGUAGAAUAAUCUGUUGAAUCAUAGGAAAAUUCUAAAUCAUUGAGAAAUGCUUGGUUUCAUAAAUACUCUAAAAGUAAUCUACCUCAAAGAAAGAAGAGAAUCCUCAACAUUCAUCUUGAGAACUAGAAAAUUGUAAAGAGGCUGAUUGAUAUCAAACCUCAUCCAGAUAUAAUUUUACUCAAAUAAACUACUCAACCUUUGGAUUUGAGUACAAUGCCAUAGAAUAAUACUGCGAAUGGAACUUAGAGAUAAACUUUCUUGAAUACUUAGAGAGACUUUAUGAGGGAUAAUAAGGGAGCCGCCUCACCGUUUGAAGAACUAAGUAAAAUGCAAAAUGAGUCAUUUAUGAUAUAAAAAGAAAAGAGCUGUUUAAGUUUCAUUAAUGAUUCACUAGGGGUAAUUGAAGAGACUAAAAAUAGUAAGAGAAACUCUAUGGUCAAUACGAGUAAAGUAUUUCGCAGGAAAAAUGAUAAAAAUCUAUCCUAACUGGGGUUAUACAACUUCGAGCACAGUUCGAGGCCAACUACUUCUACUUCAAGAAGUUAAGCUACAAUGAAAAGACCCUCUACAUCACAGGUCAUGAAAAAUGGGCUACAAAAUGAAUUGAAAAGUCUUGAUCUAUCUAAAUUGGCGAUUAAUCCAAACUAGACUCAAGGAUCAAGGUCUAAUCCUUGGCUUAACAAUUAAAAUAAUUCAAUAAGCCAACAGUAAUUUGAGCAGACUAAUAUUGUAAACACAGAAAGAUAAAAUUAUGCAAAUCAGAGUGAAGUAGACUCUUUCCUUCAGAGGAUUCCAAAUACUGCAAGAGAGACAGUUAAAGAAGAUAAUAAUCAGACUUUGCAAGAAUUCGCUUAAAAGAAGUCUUACACGAAAUUCAAAAAACUUCUGGAGUUAAAGCACGUUAGAAUACCCAAAGAUGUUUCUGCUGUUGGAUUUAUUUAGAAACAGAAGUUCAUUAACAAUUCAGUGAGAUUAGAUCAGGAAUCUUACGAGAUGAGCAGAACAAGCAGACUAUAGAAGAAGAUAGAUGAUUAUAUAAAUCAAGAGAAAUCUAUGUUGGUAAAGAAAAGAGAUAAAUUUAUCAAAAUGUAAUGA